CUUAACCUUCUCGUCUGCGCCCUUCAUCGGUUCGAUUACCUCUCUCCCCAUUGGUCUCACCUUUGGUGGAACAGUAUAUCCGUGGUCAUCUUGGAGAAUCAUCGUCCCUAUUGUUGUGGGUUGCGUGGGUUGGUUAUGUUUCCACGGGUACGGGUGUCUUAUCAAUAACUCAAAUCCCUGCGUACCGCCGCAUGUCUUUUGUGAUAGGACUUCAGUUGCUGCGUUCUAUAUGGUUUUCAUCACCUCCAUGUUGCCACAGUGGGUCUGUUUCUUCUGGCCCGUUUACUUUCUCGCGGUCCGCGGAACGAGUCUUACGCAGACAGGCGUCAAUUUCUUGCCUUAUAUGUUCCUACUCAUCCCACGCUCUGCUGUUGCCGGCAUCAUACUUCCCCAAACUGGCCACUAUUGCCCAUUACACGCCAUGAGCUUCGUUCUGAGCACCCUCUGAAGUCAGAGGUCCUGGGUGUAUAUUUAGAAGCGUUAAAAGCAGUUUGGUAUGGGACUAUGGCAUUCGGCACUUCGCUUUUCAUUGCAGUGGCGAUUGAGACACGUGUACUACUGAGAAAGGGAUCGGAGACAGAGUUUGUACUUCAAGAUAUGAAAGAAAACGGGGAAGCUUCCGGAAAACUCGACGAUGCUGAUGAAAGAGGCCCUUGUAACAUAUAAAUUCACCCAAUAACCACCUCGAAGGUAAGUAGCUAGCCGCCUAUGUUUACCUUAGGCACUUAUGUC